AUUUGACCUUCGAAGGCUCGAGGCUCCAAGCUCCAAGCUCCAAGCUCCAUUCUCCAGGCUCCUGAGUAUGCCAGAGAAGAAGUGAUUGAUCAAAGAUGGAGCAGUACGAAGUACUAGAGCAGAUUGGCAAAGGGGCUUUUGGUUCUGCUCUACUUGUGAGGCAUAAAGUUGAAAAGAAAAAAUAUGUCCUGAAGAAGAUUCGGCUUGCUCGCCAGACUGACAGGUCCCGUAGAUCUGCACACCAGGAGAUGGAACUUAUUUCCAAAGUACGAAACCCUUUUAUUGUUGAAUACAAAGAUUCUUGGGUAGAGAAGGGUUGUUACGUUUGCAUUAUCAUAGGUUACUGUGAGGGAGGAGACAUGGCAGAAGCUAUAAAGAAAGCCAAUGGUGUUCAUUUCCCUGAAAAGAAACUUAGCAAGUGGCUGGUUCAGCUCUUGAUGGCACUUGAUUACUUGCACACGAAUCAUAUUCUUCACCGUGAUGUGAAGUGCUCAAAUAUAUUCUUAACGAAAAGUCAAGGCAUACGGCUAGGUGAUUUUGGACUAGCUAAAAUUUUGACAUCAGAUGACCUUGCAUCCUCUGUCGUGGGGACUCCCAGUUACAUGUGUCCAGAGCUUCUGGCUGAUAUACCUUAUGGUUCUAAGUCGGACAUUUGGUCUUUAGGAUGCUGCAUAUACGAAAUGACCGCUCACAAGCCUGCGUUCAAAGCCUUUGAUAUGCAAGCGCUCAUAAACAAGAUAAAUAAGUCCAUAGUGGCUCCACUUCCAACCAUGUAUUCUGCUGCGUUACGGGGGCUCAUUAAAAGCAUGCUGCGGAAAAAUCCAGAACUCAGGCCAAGUGCUGCUGAGCUGCUCAGGCAUCCACAACUUCAGCCUUAUGUUCUGAAGAUCCAUCUAAAAUCUAAUAGUCCUAGAUGCAAUACAUUACCUGUCCACUGGACUGAAUCCAAUAAUGUGAAGAAAACUAGAUUUUCUGAGCCAGUAGAUGAUCAUCUUGUCAAGGAUAGGGAUAAGAGAGAUUCAUUCAACAAUGAAAGGAUCUUGAAUCCAAAAGUUCAUGGAGCUGAGCGAGAUUCUCUUUGUUCUACUGAAGGAAUACAGGAGUUCCCAAAUUACCUGAAUCAAAAGCUAGCAGAAUUAUCAGUUGGAAGCACACACAAAGAGAUUGCUGUUUACAAGACAAAAACUUCCAAGACAUCAAAUGUGGUGAAAACCCCAAGAUUGACUCCAGCUAAGGCUUCUGCAACACCAAAGAGACAGACAGAGACACCAAAGACAACCCAAAUUCGUCCCAGUCGUGAAUCGCUUCCUGCAUCAAGCACUCCAGCAAAUAAAUCUGUUCAUCCAACACGGAGAGCCUCACUGCCAUUGCCUGCUAGAGCUUCACCUCUUGAAUCCCUUCGUGGAUCCAAUGCUAUUCUCCUUAGGCAAAUGAAGUCUCCAGAUAUCUCUGUAAAUGCUCCACGGAUUGACAAGAUUGCUGAGUUUCCCUUGGCCUCCUCUGAGGAUCCCUUUUAUCCCGUCUGCAGAACUUCGUCGGUGUCUGCACAAGGUUCCAUCUCACCAUAUUGCGGUGACCGCUCCAUUACCAAGGACAAGUGUACAGUCCAAAUUCAUGACAGAACCUUUGCAAGGCGAAGCUUCAGUGAUGCGUGGAACGGAAUUCGAUACAAUACGUAUCUGUUAGGUGGGGAAGAUGGAAGUGAUUGCUCAGACAGGAACCCUACCGCCGGGGCAUCAAGCCGGACAUCAUCUGAGUAUCAGCAGCGUCGGUUUGACACCUCGUCAUACCAGCAACGAGCUGAGGCAUUGGAAGGCCUGCUUGAAUUCAGUGCACGGUUAUUGCAGCAAGAGAGGUUUGAUGAGCUUGGAGUUUUAUUGAAGCCAUUUGGACCUGGGAAGGUUUCUCCUAGGGAGACUGCAAUCUGGUUAACCAAGAGCUUUAAGGAGACUACUGUAAGACAGGAAGAUUAAGAAAUUUAUGAGGUUGAAUGGAAAAUGAAUUUAAUUAUGUGCUUCAAAUUUGGGAAUCAGUUCAUGAAGCAAAUUGAUUCUAUUUUCCUGUC